GAUGCGCGAAUUAGGCGGCGGCCAGACAAAGAUGAGGAUCGGGACCGCUUGAAAGUGGGGGAAAGUGCCGGCGUCUCCGCCGCCGCCGCCGGGGACAGCCGCUCCGCAGCGCCGAGCCCAGCCGCCAGCCGAGACAUCUGGGGGAGCCCGGAGCCGGCUGCGGGGCGCGCGACGCGGGGCAUGAGGCUGUGAGCGCCGCCGCUCCCCGCCCUCCCCGGGCCGCCCGGCGCCAGGCCAGCGACCACCCCAGGACUUGACGGAGGAGUCUUGGCCCGGCCCGCACUCGCGCGGCGGCGGCCGAGACAAGAGGCGCGCGCGUGCGCGCGCGCGCAGGCAGGGCCGAGGCGCCCCGAGGGCCGUGGGGGGCGGGGGGGGGGCGCCCGGAGGCAGGUCCAGGCGGCCGGAGCCGCCGGGGCGCGGGGCUAUGAUGGUGCACUGUGCCGGCUGCGAGCGGCCCAUCCUCGACCGCUUCCUGCUGAACGUGCUGGACCGCGCGUGGCACAUCAAAUGCGUGCAGUGCUGCGACUGCAAGACCAACCUGUCCGAGAAGUGCUUCUCGCGCGAGGGCAAGCUCUACUGCAAAAAUGACUUCUUCAGGCGCUUCGGCACCAAGUGCGCCGGCUGCGCGCAGGGCAUCUCCCCCAGCGACCUGGUGCGCAAGGCCCGGAGCAAGGUGUUCCACCUCAACUGCUUCACCUGCAUGGUGUGCAACAAGCAGCUGUCCACGGGCGAGGAGCUGUACGUCAUCGACGAGAACAAGUUCGUGUGCAAGGACGACUACCUGAGCUCCAGCCUCAAGGAGGGCAGCCUCAACUCAGUGUCCUCCUGUACGGACCGCAGCUUGUCCCCGGACCUCCAGGACCCGCUGCAGGAUGACCCCAAGGAGACCGACAACUCGACGUCGUCGGACAAGGAGACGGCCAACAACGAGAACGAGGAACAGAACUCGGGCACCAAGCGGCGCGGCCCGCGCACCACCAUCAAAGCCAAACAGCUGGAGACGCUCAAGGCGGCCUUUGCCGCCACGCCCAAGCCCACGCGCCACAUCCGCGAGCAGCUGGCGCAGGAGACCGGCCUCAACAUGCGCGUCAUUCAGGUGUGGUUCCAGAACCGACGGUCCAAAGAGCGCCGCAUGAAGCAGCUGAGCGCGCUGGGCGCGCGGAGACACGCCUUCUUCCGGAGUCCCAGGCGCAUGCGUCCGCUGGGCGGCCGCUUGGACGAGUCGGAGAUGUUGGGGUCCACUCCGUAUACCUACUACGGAGAUUACCAAGGCGACUACUACGCGCCCGGAGGCAACUACGACUUCUUCGCGCACGGGCCGCCGUCGCAGGCGCAGUCCCCGGCCGACUCGAGCUUCCUGGCGGCGUCGGGAGCGGCCUCGACGCCGCUGGGCGCGCUGGAGCCGCCGCUGGCCGGGCCGCACGCCGCGGACAACCCCCGCUUCACCGACAUGAUCUCGCACCCGGACACGCCCAGCCCCGAGCCGGGCCUGCCCGGGGCGCUGCACCCCAUGCCCGGAGAGGUGUUCAGCGGCGGCCCCAGCCCGCCCUUCCCCCUGAGCGGCGCGGGGGGCUACAGCGGACCCCUCUCGCACCCCAACCCCGAGCUCAACGAGGCCGCCGUGUGGUAAAGGCCUCGCACCCGCCCGGACGCCGCCGCCCAAAACCAAAACGCCCGCCGCGGACCGGCCUGGAGGAGGAGGAGGAGGAAGGGGGUGGGGGGUC